AAUUUAUUACGUUUUAUGCAGUUAUUUUAAGGCAUAGAUACAAACGAAUAUGCGACGCAUUGUUUUACUAUUGUGCAUCGCGGUUGUGAAUUGUGACGUGUAUCUCAGUAACCCGCGUGGAUCGAAUAACAGGGCGCGCGAAGCGACAGCGACGAGAGCGAACGGGAAUCGAUUGUUUGAUUCACAGAACAACGCAAGAGGAGGUUACAACUAUGGCGACAAAACCAACCAAAGAUCAUCUUCAGAGAACGACCACUACAGAAUGAACUACUUUCAAAGCUCAUUGGCUGGCAGAUCUGAGCUUGAAAUCGAAUGGACCAAUCAGCAUGGGUGUGGAGGGAAUGAAGACACUGCACCUCAUAAAAUGAACUGUAACCUUGUGUUGCAGUUUAUGUGCCAGGAUAAUAUAAAUACAGCUGCACCAAGUGACAGCAUCACUAUAAGAAACGGUCAAUCCACUGGUACCCAGCCUUACACUAAGCCGCCAAGGCGUGAUCCAGAAUCAGAAACACUAACUAACGUUAGAACGAGAAGAAGCACAAGAUCUGAUCGCGGUCUUCAUGAAUCAUGGGAGUGGUACGACAGUUGUUACAGGAGGGAACGCAAUAAAGGGCUAUUCACUGCUGACCAGCAACUGAAGAACAACCAAGCAGGAACAUCGUCCGCCAUUUUCACUCGACAAAACCCGAAUGAAAACAGGCGCGGUUACGAAUGUCCCGAGGAGAGAGAUUAUUAUCCAUACUGGCACCCAACACCGUGGACCGAUAUUGCUGUGUUGGCUCAUAAUGCAACAAUGUGCAAGUAUUACCAAGACAACAGUUUUAACAAGCGAACAUACGGAGAAUGCGUUGAAACUUUCGCCACUGGGGGAGGCAGAAAGCACUGGUCAACCGUUAAUAACGCAUCACAAUGCACGGACAAAGGAGGACAAUGGGUGGAUUAUCAUAAUUAUUUAGAAUUGGCACCCACGUACACAACAGAAGCAACGUGUCUUGCACAAAACACGGCUGAAAAAACAAGUGCGGGAAUAGUUUACGCGUGGGGGAAACCAUACAACCAAAAGAAGAUAGUUGACCAUGAAACUAUUAAUGAUGCUUGUUUUGUAAAGCCACCUGUACUGGACUGUAAGCCAGCAGGAUGGUCAAGGGUGAACCACCUGGGGAAUAGUUUAGACGGGGUUCCCCUCAACUACACAUGGAAAAUCCCCCACUUUCCGAGCGGAAACAAGAAAAGAUGCGUCUUCAGAAUCCGUUACAAUAUUUCAACUGAUGAUUACGAUCCUUUUGGUACAACAUCCGAUCACAACCAGCAGAAAGAAAACAACGUGAUAAUCAAACCAUCUGUAAUCCAAAAGAACCCAUUAGUUGAUAUCGGGGCAGACGGACAACCACUACAACUGGCUCUUAACACGGAACAAACAGGACGUACCUUCCAGGACCGUAGCCAUGCUUUCUUCCUUGAACAAAGGCCAGCAGCCAUCACAGCAGUUAGCCCAACAGCCACCAUUCGCAACCUUAAUGUUCGAGGGAAACGGGGAAACAUUGUCCAAACAUUCCCAGCUGUUGAGUAUGACUUUAUACCAAAGAGACUUGUAGUAAAGGAAGAUGAACUGAUACACAUUCAAUGGACGGGAUCAAAUUCUCACAAUAAUCGCGCCCCUGGUGGUGACGGAGACACAGGCGAUGCAGGGGAGGGAACGGGAGGCACUGAUCGUCAUAACUUUGUUGAGAUUCAAGAUCCAUCGGAAAACUUUCCAUGCACUUAUGAGAACUCUACCAUUCAUCAAAACAUGGAAGUGGUAUGGAGUAGCCUUGGUAUUCAUGGUUCAACUCCUGAAGAGAUUCGUAGAAAUAAUGCGAUUCAACUGGCUAGUGGGGGUUAUUAUUCGUGUGAGAAAAGUUCAGACUGUCAAGGUCAAUCUGUUGCCAGAAAAGCAACUCUGCAGGUCCAACUCAACAAUGCACAUGCUUCAUUUGCUGGUAUGGUGUUUAAACUGAGGAAAGGAAACUAUCACUACAUGUGCACAAGGAACAACAACUUUACCAACAGAAGCCAGAAAGGACAUAUAAUUGUCACCGCAAGAAAUAAGUAGAAGCUCUACUCGGUACUCCAAAUACUUUGAGCACAUUACCACAGUAUUUAUCAUCUGUAGCACACAGCACAUAAAAGCCACAAAAAAUAAAAGCCACGGUCAUGGGCAUCAAACUUGGGUGGUGGGGCUACUCAGAAACUUUUCACACUGCUUUAAUCUGUAAAGACUGGCACAAAAUUUGUUUUAAAAAACGCGCAUCCCAAUAUCCCCACCUUCUAAAAAGUUUACUGACUUUGGCCAUGGCUAUAGUUAUACUAACUCUUUUUUAGUAUUAUUACACAUCAGGGUACUAGUAAAGAAUCUUCCCAUGACAUCAUAUGAAAAAUGAAGAGCACAAAAAGGCUAGAAGUUAAGAGUUAGCAUUUAACGUUAACGCAGUGGGUGGAUUUUUUACCAGCACCCACAACAGUUUCUGUAUAUUCCAAUUGCAAUAUUUUUGUAAACCUGUUGUUCCGAUUUGUAAUCCCAUAUUUACCAAAUGCACUUAGUAAACGUUCAAGCAAAUUUGUUGCCUUGUAAUUAACACAUAUGAUAUAUCUGCCUUUACAAGAAAAUGAAAUUAUUGUUAUAUUUAGAU